CUAGUGGGAGGAAGGGAAACUGUCGGAUCGGCGCUUGUAGGCCUCUCAACGUGGAGCCAUGGGAGGCUUGGAGAAGAAGAAGUAUGAACGAGGCUCUGCCACCAACUACAUCAGCCGAAACAAAGCCAGGAAGAAACUGCAGCUGAGCUUGCCUGACUUCAGGCGGUUAUGUAUCCUGAAGGGCAUUUAUCCCCAUGAGCCCAAACAUAAGAAGAAAGUUAACAAGGGCUCCACAGCAGCCCGAACUUUUUACCUUAUCAAAGAUAUCAAGUUUCUCCUUCAUGAACCCAUUGUCAACAAGUUCCGGGAAUACAAGAUAUUCGUUCGGAAGCUCCGGAAAGCCUAUGGGAAGAGUGAGUGGAACACUGUGGAGCGCCUAAAGGACAAUAAACCCAGUUACAAACUUGACCACAUCAUCAAGGAGAGGUACCCCACAUUCAUCGAUGCUCUGCGGGACCUGGAUGAUGCCCUGUGCAUGUGCUUCCUCUUUUCUACCUUCCCACGAACAGGCAAGUGCCAUGUGCAGAUCAUUCAACUAUGCCGCCGGCUCACCGUAGAAUUCCUGCACUAUAUCAUCGCUGCCCGUGCUCUGCGCAAGGUCUUCCUAUCCAUCAAAGGCAUUUACUACCAGGCUGAAGUGUUGGGGCAGCCCAUUGUGUGGAUCACACCCUAUGCCUUCUCCCAUGACCACCCAACAGAUGUGGACUACAGAGUCAUGGCCACCUUCACGGAAUUCUACACCACCCUGCUUGGCUUUGUCAACUUCCGCCUUUAUCAGUCCCUCAACCUCCACUAUCCCCCAAAGCUCGAGGGUCAGACCCAAGCAGAGAUGAAGGACGGUGAGGGCAUCUAUGCUUUGGACUCUGAGAGCUCUAUGGAGAAACUAGCAGCCCUCAGUGCCAGCCUGGCCCGAGUGGUGGUGCCUGCUGCAGAGGAGGAGGCUGAGGUGGAUGAGUUUCCUGCUGAUGGGGAGAUGGCGGUGCAGGAGGAGGACCGCAGGAAGGAGCUGGAGGCACAGGAAAAGCACAAGAAGCUGUUUGAGGGCCUAAAAUUCUUCCUGAAUCGUGAGGUGCCCCGAGAGGCUCUGGCCUUCAUCAUCAGGAGUUUUGGAGGGGAUGUGUCCUGGGACAAGUCUUUGUGCAUUGGGGCCACCUACGAUGUCACAGACUCCUGCAUCACCCAUCAGAUUGUUGACCGACCUGGACAGCAAACCCCUGUCAUUGGCAGGUACUACGUGCAGCCACAGUGGGUAUUUGACUGUGUGAAUGCCCGGCUUCUCCUCCCCGUGGCAGAAUACUUCCCUGGGGUGCAACUGCCCCCACAUCUUUCACCCUUUGUGUCUGAGAAGGAAGGAGAUUACAUCCCACCUGAGAAGCUGAAGCUGCUGGCUUUGCAGCGGGGAGAGGACCCAAGAAACUUGAAAGCGUCCGAAGAGGAAGAAGAGGAGGAGGAAGAAGAGGAGGAAAACAAUGAAGGGGGAGAAAAUGAAGAGGAGGAGGAAGAUGUGGAAGCUGCUUCAGAAAAGGAGGAAGAGGCCCACCUGGCAGCCCUUGAGGAAAAGAGGAUGGAGGCAAAGAAGCCCAAGGUGAUGGCAGGCACUGUGAAACUGGAAGACAAGCAACGACUGGCCCAGGAGGAGGAGAGUGAAGCCAAGCGUCUGGCCAUUAUGAUGAUGAAGAAGCGGGAGAAGUACCUUUACCAAAAGAUCAUGUUUGGCAAGAGGCGAAAAAUCCGAGAGGCUAAUAAACUGGCGGAGAAGCGGAAAGCCCAUGAUGAGGCUGUAAGGUCUGAGAAGAAGGCCAAGAAGGCCAGGCCUGUGUGAGUGCCAGUGGAGGCCAGCUUCUGGCAGCUGGACAUGACAGAACUGGCCAAGGGACCUGUUGUCAUUCUCUUCCUUCUCCCUGUCAGCCCUGGUGUCUUCUCAGUCUCUGACUGGGUUUAUGGGCAGCCCUGGCCUUCCUUGGAUGAAGCUUUCUGCUGAUGGCUGGGCAGAGAAGAGAUGCCAGAACCUCAUUGGACCUUCACUUGCUGCCUCUGUUUCUGUUUACCUUGCCAGCCCACACCAUAUAUCUGGACCUGUGACUCUCAGGGUGCUGUGAUAGGGUGAAGGAUGUGAGAACUUUUGUUAUUUUGUUAUUAAACAGCUGAACUUUGGCAGUCAA